AUGACAGUACAGUGCUGCCGGAGGGCUUGUAACACUGAGAACGACUCUGAGUGUUGCGUAGAAGGCAAGUAUUACGGCAUCUACAAGUGCUUACUGCGUGUGUCUGGCAGGACCAAGGCGGUCUUGACAAUCAACAGUUUUGAGAAAGGCGGUGAUGGUGGUGCAGAGUCGGAGUGUGACAAUAACUACCACUCGGAUGACACCCCGGUGGUGGCCUUGUCCACUGGGGCAAUGGUGGUUGAUGAAUGUGACUCCACAACAGGGUGUGAUGCAGAUCAUGAUUAUCAACCUCCAUGCCCCCAACAACAUCGUCAUGCCUCUAAGACUGUGUGGAAGGCUUUGGGAGUGCCAAAAAAUGAUUGGGGAGAGAUAGACAUAUACCGGUCUGAUGCUUGA